UUGAUUAUUCGCACGAUAUACGAGAGAUAACUGUGGGUGCGUGCGUGGGUGUGUGUGUACACAAAUAUAGUGCCGGUGUGUUCGGUAUAGUAUACGAAGCCAAGGGGUGACGUCCCUCGUUGGAGGGCGUCCGGCAACUAAGGAGGGGAGAUGAGCAAUUCGGGGGCCAUACCCCUCAUACCGGCCAAAGAGGGACAGAUCAUCGAGGGACUCGGUGAUGGAGGCGACGCCGUCGGGGAUGGCGAGCCGAUUGUCAGCGGCGGUGCCGAGGACUCGUCCAGAUAUGGCCAGCUCUACCUCUACAAAGAGGAGUUCGACGACAGACCGAGGGCCGCGACUCUGCUCAAGAGCCUGUCGGACUACAGCAACACGAUACCCGCGCCCACGGAUCCGGACGCGAAGCCGGGCACCCCGAGCGCUGGCAAACCUGGUGGCGCUCGCAUGGGCACCCUCAUCGGCGUCUACCUGCCCUGCAUCCAGAACAUCUUUGGCGUCAUCUUAUUCAUUCGGCUCACGUGGGUCGUUGGCACCGCCGGGGCCGUUCAGGGCUUCCUCAUCGUGUUCUGCUGCUGCUGCGUCACGAUGCUGACGGCAAUAAGCAUGAGCGCUAUAGCGACAAACGGCGUCGUGCCGGCCGGUGGCUCCUACUUCAUGAUAUCGCGAAGUUUGGGCCCCGAGUUUGGCGGGGCCGUCGGUAUGCUGUUCUACACGGGCACGACCCUCGCCGCGGCCAUGUACAUCAUCGGCGCCGUCGAGAUCGUCCUGACGUACAUGGCGCCGACCCUCAGCAUAUUCGGCGACUUUACCAAGGACGCGAGCAUCAUGUACAACAAUUUUCGGGUGUACGGCACGUGUCUGCUGAUGGUCAUGGGGACGAUAGUCUUCAUCGGCGUCAAGUUUGUCAACAAGUUCGCCACCGUGGCCCUGGCGUGCGUCAUUUGUUCCAUCAUCGCCGUGUACGUCGGUCUGUUUUGCAACUUUUACGGCAACGACAAGCUCAAGAUGUGCAUCCUGGGCAAGCGGUUGCUCAAGGACAUAAACGUGCAGGCUCAUUGCUACAAGUACUCGGCCUUCCUGAACAAGACCUUCUGCACGAACGAGCGAGGCAACCAGUGCGACCCGUACUACUUGACGAGCGACGUGAGCAUCAGGACCGGCAUCCGCGGGCUCUACAGCGGGGUGUUCUUUGAGAACCUGAUGGGCAGUUUCCAAGAGACGGGCCAGUACAUCGCCUACGGGGACAACCCGAGGGACAUUGACUUUAUGGGCGGCAGCUCGUACAAUCAGAUCCAGGUAGAUCUGACGACCACCUUUACCAUCCUCAUCGGCAUAUUCUUUCCCUCGGUGACAGGUAUAAUGGCCGGCUCCAAUAGAUCCGGGGAUUUGGCCGACGCCCAAAAGUCCAUCCCGAUAGGUACGAUCUGCGCCAUCCUGACGACCUCGACGGUCUACCUGUCGUGCGUGCUCCUGUUCGCCGGUACAGUGGACAAUCUUCUGUUGAGAGACAAGUUUGGCCAGAGCAUCGGCGGUCGGCUGGUCGUCGCUAACAUAGCCUGGCCCAACGAGUGGGUAAUCCUGGUGGGCUCGUUCCUCUCGACCCUCGGGGCGGGCCUGCAAUCCCUCACCGGGGCACCCAGGCUGCUCCAGGCCAUCGCCAAGGACCAGAUCAUACCUUUCCUCGCGCCCUUCGCCAAGAGCUCGAGUCGGGGCGAGCCGACCCGCGCCCUCAUCCUCACCGUCGCCAUCUGCCAGUGCGGCAUCCUCCUCGGCAACGUCGAUUACCUAGCGCCCCUACUCUCCAUGUUUUUCCUCAUGUGUUACGGCUUCGUCAAUCUAGCCUGCGCCGUCCAGACCCUCCUGCGCACCCCCAACUGGAGGCCCCGUUUCAAGUAUUACCACUGGACCCUGUCCUUCCUCGGGCUGUCGCUCUGCAUCGCCGUCAUGUUCAUGACCAGCUGGUACUACGCCCUACUGGCCAUGGGCAUGGCCGGCUGUAUCUACAAGUACAUCGAGUACCGGGGCGCGGAGAAGGAGUGGGGCGACGGUAUCAGGGGUCUGGCCCUAUCGGCUGCCCGUUACUCCCUCCUGCGGCUCGAGGAGGGCCAGCCGCACACAAAGAACUGGCGGCCCCAGAUUCUCAUCCUGUCGAAGCUCACCGAGGAUCUCGUGCCCAAGUACCGCAAGCUCUUCGCCUUCGUGAGCCAACUGAAGGCCGGCAAGGGUCUGACCAUCACCGUGGCCUGCAUCGCCGGGGACUACUCGAGGCGCUCGGGUGACGCGAGCGCCGCGAAACAAGCCAUCAGACGGACCAUGGAGGAGGAAAAGGUCAAGGGUUUCGUGGACGUGCUCGUCACCCGUAACGUCAUAGACGGGCUGAGCUCGCUCGUCCAGAUGACCGGCCUCGGCGGGAUGAAGCCCAAUUGCGUGAUCCUCGGCUGGCCGUACAGCUGGCGCCAGCCCGAGAGCGAGCGCACCUGGCGCGUUUUCCUGCAAACCAUGCGCAGCGUCACCGCGGCCAAGAUGGCCCUCAUCGUCCCAAAGGGUAUCAACUUCUUCCCCGACUCGAGCGAGAAGGUCGUCGGGGACAUACACGUAUGGUGGAUCGUGCACGACGGUGGCCUCCUCAUGCUUCUGCCCUUCCUCCUCAAGCAGCACCGCACCUGGAAGAACUGCAAGAUGAAGAUCUUCACGGUGGCCCAGAUGGAGGACAACUCCAUUCAGAUGAAGAAGGACUUGAAAAAGUUCCUCUACGACCUUAGAAUCGAGGCCGAGGUCGAAGUCGUCGAGAUGAUGGACUCGGACAUUUCCGCUUACACGUACGAGAGGACGUUGCUCAUGGAGCAGAGGAACCAGAUGCUACGGGAGCUGCAACUCAAUAAGAAGGAAUCCCUCGGCAUCAUAGGUGACGAAAUAAUGGCUAAAACUAUCUCUUAA